AGCUCUGGUCUUCUGCUGCUGCUUCUUCCUCUUUUUCCUCCUGGCUGCCACCUGCCAGCAGCCCAGCAGCCAAAGAUCUUUGUGUCCCUGCUAUGGACGAUGUCUGGUUCAGUAGAUGAAGUGCCCUGCAUGAACUUUGAAGCCAACGUAUUUGCAAAGAGCCUGUGCCAGCACUGUUUCCAAGCCGCAGGGGCUCACCAGCAUGCUAUCCAGGACCAUGCCACGGAGGUCACAGGGCAUGAUGCCGGCAGCAGCGCAGACUCAGGCGAGCCCUGGGACGCCCUCCAUAUUUUAGCCCCACAGUGUGAGGUAUACGUGUGCGUGGGCCCAGUGGAGGGACCAGAGCGCUCUCCUGCGAAGACCUGCUUUGCUGUGGACGUGGUGGCAUCCCGCGUCGCUCGUGCCUCCCCCAGUAACGGCCUUCUCCCCGUCCCAGAGCACCGCACCACCAGCCAGAAGCCUGAGGAGAGCUGGCUGAAGCACCGCAAAACCAGCCCUCCCAGGGCAUCAACCCCACCAUGUGCCACCGCUGGCUUCUUGCCAGCCCGCAGCGACCCGUUGGGCGGUGGCAGGCACCUCACCGGCUCACGGGGUCGGGACGCCCGCGGGCAGCCUGGCGGCGGGGGCAUGGAGGGGCGGCAUGGGCUGGAGAGGCAGGAGUACACGGUGCUGGCAGAUCUGCCCAAGCUGAAGCUCCUUGGCCAGCGGGAUGCUGUCGACCGCUGUGGCUCCCGCACGCUCAGCCCCGGCCGGGUGGAGGUGGAGAGGAUAUUUGGCUGCGAACGCAGGAAAUCAGAGACCCUGGAGGCCUUCCAGGCUCUGGAGGAGGGACGUGUGGACCGGCUCGAUGGCAAGACCCCUGUGCCACCCAGCAAAGGCCGCCUAGUUCGGAGGCAGUCUAGCCCCAGCCUGCCCAGGGAGGGUCAGCGGCUCUCCUGGCAAGUCGAGCAGCGCAGCAGAGACCUCAAGGAACCUCUGCGUUCCUCCAGCCCAGCUUGGCACCCUGAGAAGUCCAGCAGGAACCAGGGUGACCCCCCACGCCCUGCUAGCCCCGGCUGGCUGCUGGAGAGAGGCAGCCGGAGCCCAUGCUCCGCAAGUCCGUCCCAGCGGACGGAGAGGAGGGCAGGGGAGCCUGCGAACCCUCCUUGGCGCUCAGAAAAAAGCUGGAGGAGCCAAGGGGAGCCUAGCCGCUCCCUGAACUCGGAGAGGGGCCGAGCUGCCUGGCAGGCAGGGGGAACAGGGCAAGCCCUAGAGAGAAAGAGCCGAGGGAACUCCCUGCACCCUGUGGGCUUUGGGAAGGGCUCUGGUAACAGUGGAGUGAGCCAGGCAGGGCAACCACCACGGUCCCUCAGUCCUGGGAGGCGCACGGAGAGCACAUGGAGAAGCCAAAAGGAAAUGUCCCCUCCCACCCCAGUGCAGGGGACAGGGAGGCAACGGGUGAAGUCAGGGGAGCCACUGCACCUCAAGGGGCCUGGGAAGGCAUCUGAAUGUGGCUGGCAGAGCCUCCGGGAAAAGCUGCCACCCUCCCACGCUGGGAGGAGCACUGGCGGCAACUGGAAAGGCCAAGGCAAGCCCCUGCGCCCCACAAGCCCAACGCGACCGCCGGAGAAGGACUGGAGGGGUCGAGGGGAUGCCCACCAAACACAGGCAUGGGAGAAGGACUGGAAGCACCAAGAGAAGCCUGUGUGCCAUGCAGACUUGAUGCGCCAGCUGGGAAGGGACAGGAAAAGCCCCACAAGAUGUCUGGACGUAGGACUACGGCCGGAUGACAGCUGGAAAAGGCCUGAGAGUCCAUCACAGCAGCUGGAGGAUGACUGGAAGCACACCCAAGACACAAACAACCCAGAGAAGCCAUUGGAAAGCAGCUGGAGGAACAAGAGGCUUCUCGUUUACCAUCCCCAGUUGGGUGGAGCCGCCUUCCCACUGCAAAGCAGCGCUGGCUCCUCGAGAAGCCCACAGCCACGUUCGAAUGCCAGUGAGAAGUGCAACAAGCCGGAUCUCCUCAAUUUCAAGAAGGGAUGGAUGUCCAUCUUGGAUGAGCCGGGAGAGUGGAAGAAACAUUGGUUCGUGCUGACUGACUCAAGCCUGAGGUAUUACCGGGACUCGAACGCAGAGGAGGCUGAUGACCUUGAUGGAGAAAUUGACCUCCGCUUCUGCACAGACGUGACAGAGUUUGCGGUGCAGCGCAACUAUGGCUUCCAGAUACAUACAAAGGAUGCCGUGUUCACCCUCUCAGCAAUGACCUCGGGCAUCCGGCGCAACUGGAUCGAGGCCCUGAGGAAGAACGUGCGGCCGGUCAGUGCUCCGGAUGUCACCAAGCUGGCUGACUGCGACAAGGAGAACUCCUUCCAUAACUGUGUCCCCCAGAAGGGCUCACUCCGGUUGGAGGAGCAGCAGCGGCCAGGCUUGGGCUCUGAGGGAAACUUGAAGGGUGGACACUGGAAGGCAGAUGGACACCGCCAUGCCUUUGACUACGUGGAGCUGUCUCCCCUGCCGCAGGACCCUGGGAAUCAGGCGUCCCUGCAGAAAAUGAGAGGGAGCUUGAGGAUCUCUGAUCGAGCUCCCAAGCAUGAGGAGCUGGAGCGGGAUCUGGCUGUCCGUUCGGAGGAGAGGCGGAAAUGGUUUGAGACCCCUGACAGCAGGGUCCCAAACAGCGAUGGCCCAGUGGGAGACUCUUCCUGCAAGGUGGGGGAGCAGGACCUCCCCACUCCCCCACUUUCGGAGGACCAGCGGAUUCAGCUGAAUGAGGAGAUAGAGAAGAAGUGGCUGGAACUGGAACGCCUGCCCUUGAAGGACUCACGGCGGGUGCCCUUGACAGCACUGCUGAACCAGAGCAAGGGAGGCCACAAAGAGACCAAUGAGAUGCUGAAAAAGGAGGUCCAGUCACUGCGGGCACAGCUGGAGUCCUGCCGGGCCCGAAAUGAGAGCCUUCGGGAGGCGGUGAAAUCCCAGGGAGAUGGCCAUGUGCCCCGGGGGUACAUUUCACAGGAGGCCUGUGAGCGCAGCCUGGCUGAGAUGGAGUCGUCCCACCAGCAAGUGAUGGAGGAGCUCCAGAGGCACCACCAGCGGGAGCUGGAGCGGCUGCGGCAUGAGAAGGAGCGGCUCCUGGCAGAGGAGGCGGCAGCAACGGCAGCAGCCAUCGAGGCAUUGAAGAAAGCCCACCGGGAGGAAAUGAAUAAGGAGCUGGGCAGGACACGAAGCUUCCAGCAAUGCAGCUCGAUCUCAGAUGCCCUCCAGAAACAGCACCAGUUGGACGUGGAGUCCCUGAAGCGGGAGCUGCAGGUGCUUUCUGAACAGUAUUCCCAAAAGUGCCUGGAAAUCGGGGAGCUCACCCAGAAGGCAGAGGAGCGGGAGCAGACACUGCAGUGCUGUCAGCAGGAAGGGAAGGAGCUCCUCCGGAAAAACCAGGAGCUGCAGACCCGUCUCUCGGAUGAGAUUGGGAAGUUGCGAAGCUUUAUUUCAUCGCGGGGCUCUGGGGACCGCUCUUCGCACAACAAUGAGCGGAGCUCCUGUGAGCUGGAGGUGCUGCUGCGGGUGAAGGAGAACGAGCUCCAGUACCUAAAGAAAGAGGUGCAGUGCCUCCGGGAGGAGCUGCAGAUGGUGCAAAAGGAUAAGAGAUUUGCGUCAGGGAAAUACCAAGAUGUCUAUGCAGAGCUGAAUCACAUCAAGGUGCGCUCGGAGCGAGAGAUCGAGCAGCUGAAGGAACACCUGCGCCUGGCUAUGGCAGCUCUGCAGGAGAAGGAGUCACUGUGCAACAGCGCUGGCGAGUAACGGUCUUCUCUUCAUUUGUUUAUCUGUUCUUGUUUUGUAUUUGCUCCAUUCCUCACUUGCAGGGAAGGUGGUGGGGGGGUGUGUGUUGAAUCCCAUCUGUUAUCACCUUGAUGAGGAAUCCCACACACACCCCAACCUCCUCAGUCCCCUCCCAAAGCUUUUUUGAUGAACCCCUUUUGCCUGCAUACCUGAGCACAUUGUUUGGACUGGCUCCUUACAUGCACCUUCUUCAGGAUUUUAUAUGUGAAAAUUAUAUUUUAUAGAGGAAUUUUUCUGCCUCCCUGGGAAGAAGGGGAAGAGAAGGGGGAAAACUUUUACUGCAUCACCAGAAUUUUUACCCUAACAAAGAGAAUCUGGUUCCCCAACCCCCUCCCAGCCCCAUUGCUCCUGGCCGCACAGCCACCUUCAGCACAUAUUCUGUCUGUUCCAAAUGUCUCUGUGGACCAUCCUGGGAUGUAUGGUGAGGAUCAUGACCCCUCCACCUAUGCACUCCGUGCCAACCCCAGGGACCUGCAAAGAAGACAUGCAAGCCAUAGGAGGGAGCUGCUGGGGCAGUCUGCCAUGGAUAUGCUUGCCUGGGACUUUUGAAAUAGGAGACCUUGGCAAGAGUCCGCAUGAUCGAGCUCUCUCUGUGACUGUCCUUUGGCUCCUUUGAGAACCCAAGCUGGCAGAAGCCCAGAGCCAGGGGGCUUUUCCUUUCCAGGGAAGAGGAGCUGUGACGCUGCUACUGCACCUGCUGGAGCCAACCCCCUCCAAGGUGGCAGCUGCUGCUGCUCUGCUACACCCUUCAACUUUUAACUUAAUAAAAUCUUCCCUUUUCGCUGAGAAAAA